UCCCGAGGCAGCUAAGGUGUGCACCAUCGGGCAUACUGUUGCCUCAGAGAGCUGGGCAAUAUGCUUUUCGGCGUCAAGGACAUUGCAUUGUUGGAGCAUGGGUGCGAGGCUCUUGAGGUGGACAGUUACAAGUCCCUGAUGAUCCUGGGUGUCCCGGAAAACUGCAACCAUGAGGAAUUCGAAGAGAUCAUACAAGCCUCCCUAAAACCUCUGGGUAAGUUCGAAGUGGCUGGGAAGGCCUUUGUGGAAGAAGAGAAAUCCAAGGCCGCCAUCAUUAGGCUGGCAGAGGACAUCAAUUAUGCCGUGAUCCCCAGGGAGAUCAAGGGCAAGGGCGGCAUGUGGAGAGUGGUCUACAUGCCCCGGAAGAAGGAUAUUGAAUUCCUGACCAAGCUGAACCUCUUCCUGCAGAGCCAGGGCAGGACGGCGGAAGAUGUGGCCCAGGUCCUAAGGCAGGAACUGUGCCCGACAGUGACGGGCCCCAGAGAGCUUCCUGCCAGAAACUGCUAUGAGCCCGGACCAGGGGAGAAACCAGGGCCUGGGGCCACUGCUGCGGUGGACGGGGUGCCACCUCUGGACUCCACGAAGGAGAGCAAGGCGGGAGAUGGCAAGAAAGGCAAGCGGAAGCACAAGAAAAACCGUCGACGACACCAUGCAUCUGACAGGAAGCUGUGAGGAUGUACCUCGAAUGUGCCUCUGGCAUAAACUUGUCCGGCGUGGGCUACUCUUUUGCACGAGGCAAGCAGAAACCAUGACU